AUGAGCAUUGAGUGCGACGAUGUCUCUGGACUCACACCAACACCAAGAUCCAUCCUGGACACAAAUGGGAAAUCAGGAAAGAGCAUGGUGGAGUUCUUGUCGUACUUGGAUGCAUGCACUUUGGAACAGAGACCAGAUUGCAUUAUUUGGGAAUGCGUUUCCAAGCUGGACAGCUUCAGGCAGAGCAAUGUUCAGGAGCGAGGGACUGAUGUGGUCAAGGAGACUUCUGCCCAGCGUGGAUACAUUACAGAGUUUGAGAAAAUGCAGCUGAUAGUGGUUUUGUGGGCCUUCAGUGGAGGCCAAGACUUCAGCAUUCCUCAGUCCCGUGGACGUACGUAUGGGAUUUCCAUCAAGACCAAUGGAGGUCUGGACACAGUGUCGCAAGCAGCAUUGACAAAGAAGUUGGAAUCUGCCUGGGAGUUUGUUGGCCGUUGCAAACUGAAGUGGACUGAGCCUCUGUUCAUGCUGUGGGAGAGAACGAGGAGCCAUGAUUGCAGGGAUGAAAACAGUCAGGAGAUUGGCAACAAGAGAAAGAAUAAGAAGAAGAUUGAGGAUGAGGGCACUGGCAAAAAGUGGCCUUCAAUGCACACAAAGUUCAAAGAUCAACAUGGCAUUGAUGAUGCUGACCUGUGCUGCAAGCAGCUGAUGUGGCUGAAGGAGCAGUUGCAAACUUUGCAGCUGCCGAAGAGAGAGGUUGAAGGCGCCAUGCUUACGUUUGCAGCACUGAGAAAGCAGCGACAACAAGAUAUUGUGUUGAAGGGUGUCCUCUAUGUCUGCAACAUUGGGGACAGCAUCACCCGAAUGCGAUGGAAGACCACGCACCACUGUGUGCUACCGAGGAAGAGAUAUUUGUACUUGACGGAGGGCACAGUCUUUAUCAAUCCAGGAAAGCAAUUCCUUUUUGCAUUGCAAGGGUUAAGUCCUGCAGAGCUUUAUGGCCUCCAGCAUCGUCUCAGCUGUACAGAGUGCCAAGAUCUACUGGGGAAUGCUUUCACAAGCAAUGUAAUUGCAGCUGUUGCUUUGGCAGCUUUGCUGUUUGUCCUCCCCGGAAAGUGA